AUGGAGGUAUUCGGAAAGAUAAAGAACCCUGACCUUGACAAACGUUCCGGUGACACCACUGUCUACUGUCAGCCGUGCAAAAAACGCAUCGUGGCUAAGGGCUUCUGUCAAACCUGUGAGGAGUACAUGUGCACUCCAUGUAUCGAGUCCCAUACAAAGUUCCGCAUGUCUAGGAACCACAUUAUGUCGUCCAAAGAUGAGAUGCCCACCUUCAACCCGUCCACCAAGCAGUCAGACAUCGGCGAUACUGAAUAUUGUAAAUACCAUCCAAGGGAGAUGGUCAAGUUUUACUGCCCGACCCACGAUGACCUAGGCUGCAGUGACUGCAUCGUUCUAGACCAUCGCAACUGUGUAGUAGACUACAUUACUGAUGUGUCUAAAUCUUUUGUCGACGGUAGGGAAUUUGAAUGGCUGACACAAUUUAGAAAUCAAUUCGAAAAUAUCCUUUCUGAGUCCAUUUUGAAUGUCAAAGAGAUAUAUGACAAAGUCCAAAACCAGGCCAAAGUUGAAAUCAACAAGCUGAGAAAGAUACGGGCGAACGUCAUCUAUUACCUGGAUCGCCGCGAGAAGGAGUUACUAGACAACAUUCGGAAAGUGAAGACCGAGGAUGAAAGCUUGUUGGCUGCACUGAAGACUGAAUUUGAGUCGACUAAAGCAAAAUUGGAGGCCAUGAGGACAAAGAUGACUUCUGAGGACGUGUCGGUGAACCAGCGGUACGUGGCGGCGAGAAGAGCUAAGAAGGAACUACGUGAGACCGAAGGCGAGCUGGAGAAAAUGGCCGGGCGGCUGAAGGCGCGGAAGAUAAGGUUCUGUGUGGAUAAGGCCACGUGGCUGCUGCUCGAAUCAAGCACGGGACUUGGAAGACUGGACGUGUCGGGAGAGUUUCGAAUGGAAAUUCCAGCCCAUGUUCCUGACCUCUCUACAAUGGCAUGGAAGAAGGAGGCGGACAUUGAAGUCAGCACGUUACCUGGCGAGAAUUUACACGGCGAUAAUUUCUGCAGUAUCUCGGGCUCUGCCUUGCUGUCUCCCGGUCUCAUUCUUCUGGCUCAUAAGGGCAACCAAAGUGUGAAACUUUUAGACGUCACCGCUUACUCCGUUAGGUCUUGUCUACAGUUCCAAGGCCAGCCCUGGGACGUAUGUGUGCUCCCCGAUGACAAAGCCGCUGUCACAAUCCCAGAGAAGGCUAUAGUUCAGCUGCUGAGUACAAAAAGAAGGGAAUUGACGCCAAACUACCUGACUGUGUCAGCCUUCACACAACCGACCCUAUACGUAUCUGAUUACAACUCCAACACCGUGCUGCAGCUGUCCAUGGACGGGGAGGUCCUGCGGGAAUACCAAAACGAGCAGCUGAAAGGUCCUAUGUCCGUGGUAGCUGUUGGGUUCGGACAGUUGUUCGUAUGUGGCGGGGACAGCAACAACGUUAUGUUGUUGACAGAGAGGGACGGCAAUAUGGUGGAAAUACUGGGAGAGAAGAAUGGACUUAUGAAGCCCUCUCUAACUCUGUUUAAAGACCCGUUUCUUUAUUCGUUUGAUUGUAUGCUGAAACCGGUUGAUGAUGCGGUUGAUGAUGAGGUUGAUGAUGCCGUCGAUGAGAGGGAGUAG